AUGUUUGUAGGUAUCAGCUCUGCUGAAAUUGACUUUAAAACUUGCGUCGGAAUGUGGCUCUUUGAUGAGGGUCGUGGUGACGAAGCCGAAGAUUCCUCUGGGACGGACAAUAACGGCACGAUUGAGGGUGGUGCAAAAUGGGUUGAUGGCAAGUUUGGCAAGGGUUUGAGUCUUGACGGCUCGGAUGCUUAUGUGGAAAUUGCUCACGAUGAUUCUUUAAAUGUUGGAGGUGAACACACGAUUGCCCUUUGGUUUAAAUUAGAGAAGCCUCCCGCUGGUGGCAUGGCUGUUGUGACCAAAGAUGAUUGGGCUCCUGGGUUUUGGUGGGAUGGGGGUGUAAUCCGACAUCACACGCAUGAUCCAGGGGGCACGCUUCACUUUAUAGACGCACCUUGGGAUCCAGAUACAGAUUGGCAUCAUGUUGCCGUUACCUGGGAUGGUGAAGAGUUUGGAGUAUACAUGGACGCUGAUCAGAUUGGCGAUGGUAUAACUACGCCAAACUUAGGAAGGAACCCGUUAACCGACAAACCCGUUUUAAUAGGUGUCUAUUUAGCCACUGGACAACAUGGUCAGUGGGGUGAGUUUUUCGCUGGAAUAAUUGACGACGUUGCCAUCUUCAAUGUGGCGUUGGACAAUGAUGAUAUUGAAACCCUCGUGACUGACGGAUUAAAAACAGCUGCUGCUAUUGAACCUUCAGAUAAGCUCGCAACGAUCUGGGCUGCCAUUAAAGCCGAUUGA